AUGAAGAGACAGACUGCACCCUCAGCAAAGUUUGCUGAUGAUACAAAAUUGGGAGAAGUGGCUGUUACACCAGAAGGCUGUGCUGCCAUUCAGAGAGACCUGGCCAGACUGGGGAGUUGGGGGGAGAGGAACCUCAUGAAGUUCAACAAAGGCAAGUGCAGGGUCCUGCAUCUAGGGAGGUAUAACUCCAUGUACCAGUACAGGUUGUGGGUUGACCUUCUGGAAAGCAGCGCUGCAAAAGACCUGAGAGUCCUGGUGGAAAACAAGUUAACCAAGAGCCAGCAGUGUGCACUUGUGGCCAAGAAGGCCAGUGGUAUCUUGGGCUGCAUUAGGACGAGUGUUGCCAGCAGCUCAAGGGAGGCGAUCCUUCCACUUUACUCAGCUCUGUUAUUAUCUCUCAACAGAUUUUACCUGAUUAGUGGUGGAGUUCCUUUUAUUAUAUGUGGGAUUACAGCAGCAACCAAUAUCAAUAAUUACGGGAUUGAAGGCAAUGCACCAUAUUGCUGGAUGGCAUGGGAGCCUAGUCUUGGUGCUUUUUAUGGGCCAGUAGCAUUCAUUGUCCUAGUCACCUGUGUUUACUUUCUCUGCACGUAUGUGCAAUUGAAGCGUCAUCCUGAACGCAAGUAUGAGUUAAAGGAAAAGACAGAAGAUCCACAGAGAAUACCAAGUACUGAGGUGGGCCAUGGUCAUAUUGCAGACUCUGUGUCCAUUCCCCAGGCAACCUGCUCCAUGAUUUCUUCUUCCCUAUUGGAAAAUGAGCAUUCGUUUAAGGCUCAGCUUCGAGCCGCAGCAUUCACUUUGUUCCUGUUUACUGCCACCUGGACCUUUGGAGCACUUGCAGUAUCUCAAGGUCAUUUCUUGGAUAUGAUAUUUAGCUGUCUUUAUGGAGCCUUCUGUGUGACCUUGGGGCUUUUCAUCCUGAUCCAUCACUGUGCAAAGCGAGAUGAUGUGUGGCACUGCUGGUGGUCCUGUUGCCCAUCUAGAAGAAACACCUAUUCUGUCCAAGUUAAUGUGCGCCCAAAGGUUAAUGUCAAUGGUGAUGCUCAGGUUCAUGCACCUUGUCUUCAGGAAUCACCAUGUCCCAACAAACAAGCUGUGUUUAAUCAUCCAGCAGCUAGCCACUGCAAACUUACUAAUCUGCAAGCAGUUCAAAAUCAUGUUAACUGCCUUUCACCUGUGACACCAUGUUGUGCAAAAAUGCACUGUGAUCAGCUACUUGAUGAUGAAGCUCACAUUCACGUCCACAACGAAGGAACAUUCAGACCCAACAUGCACAUUCAUAGAUGUCUGAAAAGCAGAACUAAGCCACGUUAUUUCAGUCGGCAUAGGUCUGCGGGUGAAAGAGAAUACGCCUAUCACAUUCCUUCAAGUAUCGAUGGCAGCAUCCACAGCUCACAUACAGACAGUCCCCACAGUACACAUGACAGCCAGUCAGGUCACAGACGGGCCUGCUGCUCAAAAAGCGAUCCAUAUCCUACUGUCAACCAGCCUGAAAGUAGCGACGCAAGUACUGUAAUAUAUAGUUGUGCUAAAAUGCCAGAAAGUGACACUGUGCACCAUCCAGCUCAUUUUGAAAUGCACCCACGGACACAGUCAUUGCCAUUUAAUACGACAAAUCACAAUGGAAUUCUCAAGGGAAACGUGCAUGAAGCCAUGAUAUACAGCUCAGAUAGUACAGGAAAUAUCAAAACUGGCCCUUGGAAAAAUGAAACUACUGUGUAG